CGCUUCCUCACCACAGGUCGAAACCUCCCGUCCUAGACUUUCACGCUACCCCAGACGUGCUAAAAGAUUCUAUAAAUCGCGAUUGUUUGCAGUUUCUUGCGUCUGAAGCAAUAUGCAAACGGAUAAUCAAGUGAACGACCUAUACCCGAUAGCAGUUUUAAUAGACGAGUUAAAGCAUGACGAUGUCUCGUACCGUUUGAACGCCUUAAAACGCAUAUCCACAAUUGCACUUGCUCUGGGACCAGAGCGUACGAGAGAUGAAUUAAUUCCAUUCUUGGAUGAAUCCAUCGAUGAUGAAGACGAAGUGCUGUCGGCUUUAGCGUCUCAGCUUGGGGACUUUGUCGAAUAUGUUGGUGGUCCUGAAUACGCACAUGUCCUUCUGUCUAUUUUGGAAAACCUGGCUGCUAUGGAGGAACCACUUGUUCGAGACGCAGCAGUAGAAUCAUUGAACAAAAUCUGUCAAGUCCUUUCUCAAGAACAACUCGUGGAGUACUUUGUUCCUCUGGUUCAGCGUUUAUCAACCGCCGAGUGGUUUACUUCACGCGCUUCGUCGACUGCCUUGUACUGUGCCGCGUACGAAAGAUCCACGAACCCUGCCGUGCGUGUUUCUCUGAGACAGAAUUUUGGUCAUUUGUGUCACGAUGAAGCACCUAUGGUUCGUCGUCCCGCAGCUACGAACUGUGCCAAGUUUGUUCUUUUAAUGACAAAGGAAGAAGCCAUCAGCGAGUUUAUACCUCUUUUCAAUUCCCUUUCUUCUGAUGACCAGGAUUCCGUUCGUCUGCUGUCUUUUGAUGUCAUGAUUUCAUUAGCAAAAGUUCUUCAAGAGGAAUCUGACAUCCGUCAGUACCUUCUCCAACCCCUGCGUUCAUUUGUAUCCGACAGCAGCUGGCGUACACGUUAUAUGGUAGCAGACAACUUUAUUCGGUUGGCGGAGGUCGUUGGCAUCAACAUCAUUAACGACGAACUGAAAAAACCAUUCAUUAUGUUGAUGAAGGAUACAGAGCAAGAAGUUCGUCGCGCCAUUUCCGGACAAAUUCCCGGCUUCUGUGCUUUGAUAGACAAAAAGGCUGUCCUUGAUGAUGUACUUCCUGUUCUGCAAGACCUGGUGAAUGACCCGGCCCAACACGUUCGUGCUGCACUGGGUACCAAUAUUGGUGCUUUGGCACCAAUUCUUGGUAAAGAGGAUACGAUUGAGCAUUUGCUGCCUUUGUUUUUGGACCUGUUGAAAGACGAAUUCCCUGAAGUCCGCCUCAAUGUCAUAUCCAAACUGGAGCUUGUGAAUCAAGUUGUUGGCAUUGAUCUCCUUUCUCAAUCAUUAUUGCCCGCCAUUGUUACUCUGGCUGAGGACAAGCAAUGGCGCAUUCGUUUGGCGAUAAUCGAGUACAUUCCUCUUCUUGCACGUCAGCUCGGCGUUGACUUUUUCAACGAGAAAAUGGGUAACUUGUGCAUGUCGUGGUUGGGCGACCAUGUGUACGCAAUUCGCGAGGCAGCCAUCGAUAAUCUUCGUAAACUGGCCGAGUUCUUUGGUAUUGAAUGGGCCACGAAAACGAUCAUUCCUAAAAUCCUCGCUAUGAGCAGUCAUCCCAAUUAUCUUUAUCGCAUGACAACCAUAUUUGCGAUCUGUUCUCUUGCCCCUGUUAUGAAUGCCGCCGUUAUCCAGGAGCAAAUUUUGCCUGUGUUGAAUCAAAUGGCCAAUGAUCCUAUCCCCAACGUUCGCUUUAAUGUCGCCAAAGCAUAUGCUGUCCUUUCUCCUGUCCUUAAAUCUACUGGAGGUGAGAGUGCCAUUGAAUCUCAAAUCGCCCCCAUCCUACAAGUCCUUGCAAAGGAUCAAGAUGCUGAUGUUAGAUUCUUCGCAGAAAAAAGUAUUAAGGAUAUUUGUGCUUAAUACUCUUCGAGCCCACAUGGAUAGCUUUUUGACUCUCACGAAUGUGUACGCGCACGCUUCUUCGUGCUGUGCCGCCUCAGUCUUUGAGCCAAGUUUACCAGUGUUUUUGUUAGCUAGCACAGGUGCAUGUACCGUGCUUACAUUCAAUCGUGUCUUGGCUGCGGGCACACACACUGUGUUUUAGAACGGCUCUUCAGCCGAAACCUCGCCUCGCAUGGCAAAAAAUUGUGCAUUGUUGAAAGAUUACGCUCUGCUGGGGAAGUUACUUAAGGUUUGGGGCUCACCAAUAACGUAGUUAUGGACUUAAUGUUGAGAAUGUUAUAAAACUACGAAAAAGGAAGGAAAAUGUGUUUUAUAUUUGCGUGUAUUCAGCGACAGAACCGAGCCAUAGACUCGUUUACGCACACACUUUAUAGAGCGAACCAGCUGUUGCACUUAUGAACACGAAAGUGUGCGACAUCAGAAUGUCCAUGUGUAUGCUGGUACGUUGCGUGUUGGCAAUUGCUGCUAGGGUAUAUGGAAAUGUGCAGCUCUGUAGACUGUCUUGAAGAAGCGAAAAUCAUCAAGGGUAGACAUGUAAGAUAUCGUUAGGUCUAGUUCGCCAGAAUCAUUUGGACAAACUCUGAUACAAGCGUUAACGUUAGCAAGCAUUAACGACGAGAGAUUUCACACUGUUGAAGCGGGCAUACCGUGGUAGUUGAUCAUUCCAUCUUUGACAGGGAUACCCUUGAGCAGUUCGUCCAUUUCCUCAUUGCUCAACUUUUCACCAAGAGAAGUAAGGACUGUGCAGUUUGCUCUAUUAGCUGCAAAAUUCCACGGUACAAGGAUAAGUUCCUCGAGUCUAGCGCACGAAGACACAACAAACCCAAACACACAUACCAUAACGAAGUUCACCAACACCGAUCAUUCCGGAACCGUCUUUGUCAAAUACUUGGAAGCCCUUGACGAACUCUUCCGGGUCGCCGGGCAUGUCAAAGCCGUGAGGACGGUUCAAAACGUUCAAGAACUCGUCCAUAUUGACUAUAGCAUCCAGUUAGCAGAAUUGCUUCUCAAAAUCGCGUUUUUUUCGCGUGUACCUUCUGCAGGGAGAGUAGACUCAAUCUCUGCAAUUUCUGCCAAAGUGGGGUUUUGUCCACAGGCGCGCAGCAAGUCGCCAAUUGAACUUUUAGGAAUAAGGCCCGUUCCAUGACGGUCGAAAAGAGAGAAUGCUACAUCGAGUUUGUUAAUUGCCGUACAGAAAAAAUAGCAUCCA